GAUGCCGGGCGAAAAACGCGUAAAAUACAUUCUGGUGACCGGCGGAGUCAUUUCUGGCGUCGGAAAAGGCAUCAUUUCGUCGAGUUUGGGCGUUUUGCUCAAAAAUAAUGGAUACAAGGUUUCUGCGAUCAAAAUCGACCCGUACCUUAAUGAAGACGCCGGAACCUUCUCCCCGUAUGAGCACGGAGAGGUUUUUGUUCUCGAUGAUGGAGGAGAAGUUGACUUGGAUUUGGGUAACUAUGAACGAUUUCUCGACAUUCGUCUGACUCGUGAUAACAAUAUUACGACGGGAAAAAUGUUCAAACACGUGAUGGAACGCGAGAGAAGAGGCGAUUAUUGUGGAAAAACUGUUCAAAUGAUCCCUCAUUUGACCGAUGCUAUUGUGGAUUGGAUUGAACGAGUUGCGCGGAUCCCUGUUGAUGGAACCAGUGAGCAACCCGACGUUUGUAUCAUUGAACUCGGUGGAACUAUUGGGGAUAUAGAAGGAAUGACAUAUCUCUCGGCAUUCGAACGAUUCCAACGUCCAACUCUUAAGAAUGACUUGAUGAAUGUUCAUGUUUCGCUGAUAUUACAUCCAAACGCCACCGGUGAACCGAAAACCAAGCCAAUGCAGAACUCUGUCCGCCAUUUGCGGGCCGCCGGUCUUGUGCCGGAUCUUCUGAUUUGCCGUUCGACUGAGAAGCUUGAUCCUCACCUCAGAGAGAAGAUUGCCGGGUUUGGAAUGAUGGAUUUGGAGCAGGUGGUUGGUGUUCAUGAUGUGUCGAAUAUAUACAAGGUUCCACUGCUUCUCCAGCAGCAGGGAGUGUUGGAAGCGAUUACUCAGCGUCUCAGAUUAUCGGAAAUCUCUGAGAAUAUUAGAAAAGAUUUGAAAUUCAACAUGAAUCACUGGACUAAUCUAUCGGAGCUCUGUGAUACUUUCCAGCAGGUUGUGAAUAUUGCACUCGUCGGAAAAUACGUGAAAAUCGCCGAUGCCUAUGCUUCAGUCAAUAAAGCUUUGUCUCAUGCUGCUAUUCACGCCAAACGGAAGCUCAAGAUAACCUACGUCGACUCGGAGCUUUUGGAGAAUAAGCCAGGAAUGGAAGAACAGUCGAGAGCCGCUUGGGAUAGUGUGAAGGCUGCUGACGGCGUAAUUGUGCCCGGAGGAUUCGAUAAACGUGGUGUAGAAGGAAUGAUCAAUGCAGCAGAAUACUGUAGAAAAAACGAUGUUCCAUAUCUUGGAGUUUGUCUGGGAAUGCAAGUGGCGGCUAUCGAAUUCGCUAGAAAUGUUCUGAGCAUCGACGGAGCCAAUUCGACGGAAUUUAACUCGAAAUUGCACGAAAAUCAGCAGAUUGUGAUCGAUAUGCCAGAACAUAAUGUUGAAGAGAAGGGAUUGGGUGGAACUAUGCGUCUUGGAAGACGUUCUACAGUAUUCCUUACCGACGAAUGCAUUCUUCACCGUCUCUACGGAACUCACACAGUGGAAGAACGUCACCGUCACCGUUACGAAGUGAAUCCCCACGUUGUUCCACAAAUGGCUCGGAAGGGAUUCUUGUUCGUCGGAAUGGGUGUAGAUGAACAGAAUACUGAUAUUUGGGAUGUUAAGAAGCGAACCGACAGCUCGGCGGAGCUUAUGCAGAUGGCUGAUCAGACUGAAAUUGAUUUGUUGCACAAAAUUGAUGAUUUGUGUCAGAGAGGAGGCGAUGGGGUUACUCGGCCAGCUGUUCGUAUGGAAAUGUUCGAGAUGAAGGACCACCCAUACUUUGUCGGAGCCCAAUUCCAUCCCGAAUACCUUUCCCAUCCACUCACUCCAUCUCCACCAUUCUUCGGUCUUCUGCUUGCCGCAACUCGUCAACUUAAUUCAUAUUUCUCUGGGUCAAGAAGUCCGGCUCUUCAAGUUGUAAAUGAAGAGGAGCAUCUUCAUCAUACAAAAGAGAAUGACUCGGAGGAGAAGCGUGAAGAUGUUGUUGGAGCAAUGUUGGGGAAACUGAAACUCGAGGGAAAUGCUGUGCCAGGAACUCAGAGAUUGGCUUCUUUCCAUUAAUUGUUUCCUCAAUUUUUCGUCGUUUUUUUUCACUUUUUUUGUAGUUGAGUAGAUGAUUUUGUCAGAAAAUCGUCUUAAAAUUUGCAGAAAUUGACCGAUUUUUUGCCUUUUUUUGAGCCAAAAAUCCAUUUUUCGAGCUGAAAUCGCUGAAUUUUUGGAUUUUUUGCAGUUUUUGAGCCAAAAAUCCAUUUUUCAAGCUGACAUUGCUGAAUUUUUGGAUUUUUGCUCUCCGAAAAGCUAUUUUUUGUGCGAAAAACGGGAAAACGCUCAAAACUUGGUAUUUUUCGAUUUUUUUUUCAAUUUUUGCCGUUUUUUGAGCUGCUUAUCUUAAAAUUUACAUUUUUGCGCCAGAAAACUCAUUUUUUCAGCCGAUUUCCCAAAAAUAUGCCUAAAAAGGAACACUUUUACCCCGAAAAGUGGUUUUUUUUUUUGAGGCAAAAAUGUUUUUAAAAAUCCAAAAUUUGAGCGAAAUAUGUAAAAAAUGGCUUUUUCCACCAAAAAACUAUUUUUUGAUCUGAAAUUGCGAUAUUUCAAGCUUUUUUUCCCAAAAACUGGCCUAAAAAUACCAAUUUCAGUCCAAAAAAUUAUUUUUUGACUCAAAAAAUUGCCAAAAUCCGCCAGAAAAACGAAAAAUUCAGAUUUUUGCAAAUUUUGAGUCAAAUUUUCGAAAAAAUCGACCCUUUUUCGUCAAUUUCAGACCAUUUUCAGACAAAAAUCCCUCCAGUUUUUGUUGUUUUUAUUCUUAUUUUCUGAUAUUCCAAAGAUAAUUUUCUUCUUUUUUUUCGCAUUUUUCUCGUCGUUUUUGUCCUUUUGUUAUCCUUGUUUCUGUUUUUUUUUCAUUAAUUUCUCCCAUAGUCACCUUCAUUUUUUCCCGGAUUUAUUCAAUUGUUGACCCAGUUUCAUAGAUUUUGUUCUCUACCAACACCCGAUGAACUUCGUUUUUAGA